UGGCGCGGAGGGAGUGGGGCAGGCUCUGUGGAAGGGAACGCCAGAGCGAGGCUGUGAGCAGAGCUGGUCGCGUGAGGCACCGCGGCUCCGUGGCUCUGCUUCAGGUGUCACAGACAGUGGCGGCCCGGCUGAGAGCGAAGAGGCGAACGGGAUCCCCUGAGCUGUGUCAGCGUGAUCACCAUGGACCGUCCGGAUGAGGGGCCUCCGGCUAAGGCCCGCCGCCUGAGUAGCUCCGAGCCCCCUCAGCGCAAUCCGCCGCCGCCGCCGCCGCCGCUCCUGCGACUGCCCCUGCCUCCACCCCAGCAGCGCCCGAGGCUCCAGGAGGAAACCGAGGCGGCACAGGUGUUGGCUGACAUGAGGGGGGUGGGACUGGGCCCCGCUCUGCCCCCGCCGCCCCCCUAUGUCAUUCUGGAGGAGGGGGGGGUCCGCGCGUACUUCACCCUCGGUUCUGGGAGCCCCGACUGGGAGCCUACGAUCGAGUCAGGGUACGGGGGGGAGCCCCCUCCUAUGGAGAGCCUGGAAGCAUUCUCUCCGGAGGCUUCAGGGGGAAGCCUCUCUUCCGGAGGCGUGGAAAUUGACUUUCAGGUGAUGGAGCCCAGCAGCUUUGUUGAAGACAAGGUCCUAGAAACCUGUAGCGCAGAGGUGUGGGGGUACCAGAGGUUAGCUGGUCCAGAGGGGAAGGAAGAGACGGUGAUCAUAGUGGAAGAUGACGAUGAGGACGAAAAGGAAAGUGUGAGGAAGAGGAGGAGGAGGAGGAGGAGGAAGAGAAAGCAGAGGAAGAUGAAGAAGGCCAGCAAAGAGAAGAAUGCUGAGAAGAUAGAGUGCAUCCUGCAGGCACUGGAAAACAUUCAACUGGACCUGGAGGCGGUGAACAUCAAGGCAGGCAAGGCUUUCCUCCGUCUCAAGCGCAAGUUCAUCCAGAUGCGAAGACCCUUCCUGGAGCACAGAGACCUCAUCAUCCAGCAUAUCCCGGGCUUCUGGGUCAAAGCAUUCCUCAACCACCCCAAAAUUUCAAUCUUGAUCAACCAACGUGAUGAGGACAUUUUCCGCUACUUGACCAAUCUGCAGGUACAGGAUCUCAGACAUAUCUCCAUGGGCUACAAAAUGAAGCUGUACUUCCAGACAAACCCCUACUUCACAAACAUGGUGAUUGUCAAGGAGUUCCAGCGCAACCGUUCGGGCCGGCUGGUAUCUCACUCUACCCCAAUCCGCUGGCACCGGGGCCAGGAACCCCAGGCCAGCAGGCACAGGAACAAGGACACCAGCCGCAGCUUCUUCAGCUGGUUUUCAAACCACAGCCUCCCAGAGGCCGACAGGAUUGCUGAGAUUAUCAAGAAUGACCUGUGGGUUAACCCUCUGCGCUACUACAUGAUGGGAGAAGGGGGCUACAGGGCAAACAGAAGGAAGCAAGACAAGGAAGAAAGGUUUCCCCACAGUAAAAACAGGGACAAAUAUGAGGUGGUGAUCAUGGAAGACUCUGAUGACUAUCACCUAAUGGAAGACAUUAUCAGCGAGACCUCAGACAGUGAUGGUAUCACUGACAAUGAGACCAUUCAUGACAUCAAGAUCUCCGACUUCAUGGAGACCACCGACUGCUUCGAGACCACUGACAAUGAGAUAACUGACAUCAAUGAGAACCUCUGUGACAGUGAGAACCCUGACUUCACUGAGACCACAGACAAUGAGAGCCCUGAUGACAACGAAACCACUGAUAAUGAGAGUGCUGAUGAAAACAUUGAGAAUCCUGAAGACAGCAAGGAGAACACUGAAGCCAACAGUGAGAACCCUGAAGACAACAACACUGACAACAAUGGUGAGAAUGCUGAUGGUGAUGAGAACCCCAAAGGUGGCCACCGUGGCAGUAAUGACAACGACCAGGACAGCAGUGACAGUGACAAUGAAGGAGACAACGAGGGCAGUGAUGAUGACGGCAAUGAAGGUGACAAUGAAGGCAGCGAUGAUGAUGAUGGAGACAUUGAAGACUAUGAAAAUGUCAUUGAAGACCCUGACAAGGAUCAGGAUAACAGCAACAACCAGGACGACUAUGAGGAUGAGGUAGAGAACAUAUCCGAAGAAGAAUCCUCAUCAGUGGAAGAAGAAAAGGAGGAGGUCAGUGAGGAAGGCAGUGAGCAAGGUGAGGACAGUGAUGAGGAAGGAAGCGAGGAAGAGGAAGGAAUAGAAGACGACUCGGAAGGAGAGGAAGACACUGAAGACUCCGACAUGGAGGAGGUGCUUCAGGUCCAAAACGUUUGGGCCAACCCGGGGAAGAGGGGCAAAACCGGGUAAAUCUCUUACCCUUUUGGGGGCAGCUUCUCCGUAUUCCCCUCCCCAUGCCCCAUUGGCCCUCUCCCUCAGCUACGGCCACGCGGCCCCACAUUGCACUUCUGGGGGGUUACCGACUUCGUACACGGGUUUAAAGUUUAUUUUUAUGGUUUGGUAAUUGCAGAGUUCUUAUUUUGGGGGGGAGGGAAAGGGGGGUUGGCCCUUCCUUUUGGCGCUCCUCCCCUGCAGGCUUCUGUGUGCUGCUAAACGUAUUUAUUGUGAUGCCUUGGUCAGGGCCCCUCUAUCCCCCUCCUCGUGCAGUUUGGAGUGGACACCCUUGAUCCCGAAGCGGGGAGGGUCGCUGUGGCCUUGUGGGGCUCUGCUGCCACCCUGUUCUCCCAAGUCUCUCUCUUUCCCUUCCAUUCCUCGCCUUUCUCCGCUGUGCCCGCCAGCCCGCCUCGGUGUCUAUGCAAGCCGGUUCGUCAGUGCGGUAUACCUUUACCCCUCCCCCAGAAGCCCCGCCUUGUUCCCUGUGAACCCUGGUAAUCCUAAUAAAGUUCUGAGCAAAUUCAAA